CCCGAUUGUCCCCAGCAAAUAGAGCGUUCACUCAAGCCACUACCACUCGCCCGUACCACUCACCCGAUAUUGGAAUGGACCAAUUCAGGCAUGGCCGGAAGGCAACUCAGCCCACUCAGCCGCAGCCUCAAUCCCAGGGCAGUCAGCAACAACGCCCGAGAAGCCAACGAACCGUUCCAUUCACAACAUUUAUCUACUACACUCCCAUUCUCAACUCGGUUCUGUCAUGCCUCUCAGCACUAGAUGCCUCUAUCUUCUUAGCUGUCCUUGGUCUUUCAUUUCACCCUGACUGGCGAAAUACCGUGAAGAUGUUCACAAGCCCACUCAGAGACAUCCCGGAAGUGGCGCCGUGGAUUACGACUAUGAUCGAGAAUGGCCAUGCCGCUUUUCUAAUUGGGGCGGACUUGAAUCGUUGGAGAUAUCCGCUCACUACAUACAGCAAUGCACGGUUUCCACUCAGGCUAUGGUUGGCGGUUCGAGUCCGUAGGGGUGUCGACAAGGAGCUAACGCGAAGGAAGUUACAUGAAUCGCAGCAACAAGCACGGCUUGGACUAGGUCCCUAUUUCGCUGUCACCGAAUCUGGACAUGUGGUUUGGGGUCCGUCUCGGCAAACUCGAGGACUUCGGAAUGUCCUUACACGUCAGAGUCUCAUUCCAAUUCGGCAGCAAAUUUCGUACAGACUCGGAGGCCACGUGGCACGAGACCAAGACAAACGAGAAUAGAGUCCAAUUGGUUUGGGCAAGUACUGGCACGGCUGGUACUGUCCCUUUGAUUGAGCUAUGCCCGACACAGUGGCGGGAUCAGUGUCAACCUCGCCACAUCGGCUGGCACUAUGGUGGAGUUGCUGGAACGGGAUGCAACCGUUCUACACCUGGAGCCGUCCUGGAGGAGAUGAGACUGGACAAAUA